UUCAUUUUAUACAAAGAAACCCAGGCCCAUAUAAUUACAUAACCCAUUACCGUUUAGGCAUUUGCCUCUACACACAACCCCAACCAUCUAAAACCCUAAUUUAUUCUCAAUGUUCCCCAAUUUCAUCAGCAGCUUUUGAUUUUCCUUUCCUCUUCUCUCUCGAUCUGAAACCCUAAUUUCCUCCAUAAUCAAACUUCCUGAACCAAAAUGGGUCGUGUUCGCACCAAAACAGUGAAGAAAUCAUCCCGUCAAGUAAUCGAAAAGUACUACUCAAAAAUGACUCUCGAUUUCCAUACAAACAAGAAGGUUCUAGAAGAAGUUGCUAUCAUCCCAUCUAAAAGGCUUCGCAACAAGAUCGCAGGGUUCUCGACUCAUCUUAUGAAAAGAAUUCAAAAAGGUCCAGUUCGUGGAAUUUCCCUGAAAUUGCAAGAAGAAGAGAGAGAAAGGCGUAUGGAUUUUGUUCCAGAUGAAUCCGCCAUUAAAGUCGAUCGCAUUGAGGUUGAUAAAGAAACUAUGGAUAUGUUGGCUUCUCUAGGUAUGAGUGAUUUGCCUGGUCUCGUUGAAGCUGCUGCUGAACCUGCUCCUGUUCCUGCUAUUGGUUUUGGCCGUGGUGCUGGAGGUCCUAGGAGGUUCUAAAAUGAAUUUUGAUUUUAUGAAUUAUUGUUAUGGUGUUUUAAUGUUUUCUAAGAAUACUUUGUUAUAAGAUUUUCUGGAAAGUAGGGAAAUUUUUGGGGUUAUUUGGAUAAGUAAUGUUUUUUGUGGGUGUUUGGCACUUUUGUUUUUACUGGUUAAAAUUGUUCUAGUAAUUUUGGUUAA